AUUAGGGCUGGGAGUUGCUCAGAGGAUGUCUGCAAGUCAGUUAAGCAGGUAAAAGGCAAGUCAAACCCACAUCCUCAUCCACGUCUCUGCUCACUGACAUACCAUGAUGGACAUCAGAUAAGAGAAAGUGGAGGUUGUUUUGGUUAUGUGGGUGAAACAGAAGCUCAUAACAGAAACAUAAAGGUAGAAUUUGAAACAAAAGGAGGGCAUUGUUCUACACUAAUUGAAAUUGUUUAAUUUCUUUAUGAUUGUAUGCAGAAUACAGACUAUGUCAACUGGCUGCCCUGUGACAACCAAUCACAAGAGGGCAAUCAGUACGAGGAAACAGCAACAGAAGUCGUCUAUACAACUGUACACUUCACCAACAAAAGAAAGUCAAACAUGCUACAGCAGAUGGACUCCCAUAAUAAUGAAGACGUAGUUUACAUCACAGUGUGCAGGAACCAACUAUCAAACCCUUUAUAGAUUGAGCCUCCCCAAUUUGAAAUCAAACGCAUGCCGUUUUGCAGUAAUAAGUGGAUUUUGAGGGUAUUUGGUUUUUGAUUUUUUUCUUACUUUUUACAAAUCUGUAAGAUGUGCUGCACAUGCAUUGCAGUAAAGAUAAAUAUUAUAAUCCAGAUGAGAAAAAAAAAAAACGUGAAAUUAUUAAAAACAAAACAUUAGAACACAUCUUCCCCUUAACACUAUUAACUCAAAAGAUAAGAUACCACCAAGAGUCAUAAACCAAAAACAGAGGUUGAAAUAAUCAUAUUUGAAUUUCUGUAAAUAAGAGUCAUCUUCAUGAAGGUACAAAUUAUUGUGUAAAUUUGUUUUUGUUUUAAUGCAUGUUAUUGUAUUUCUUUCACCGUUCCUCUGUGUCAAAUGUGUUUGGAUCGUGUGCAUGCACACAAUGCCUUUUAAGUUGCUUUCUGGUGCUCAGUGUUUUAUAAAUCACAUGGACUCCUGUUUUGUGCUUUUGGCACUGUAAAAGUUAAUUUACUUCCUGUAGUCUUUAGUUCCUGAGCAUCUCAGGAGUUGUCUAAAAUCAUGUUCCCAACUGUAAACCUGCGCUACUGACAAGGCUGUAAAAACUGGAAAUAUGUGAAAUAAAUAGCUUAAUUAUGUGAGAUACAAAUUAUUGUAUUGGAUAAAUGAGAGCAAAACAAAAACAUUGUAGCCUACAGUGUAACUAAAUGUGUCCCUGCUGUUUAGUGGUCUUUCUUUUUGUUGAUGCAAUGAGUUAAACUCACCAGGUCCACAUACACAUAAUACAUACCACAUAGAGUCAUGCAUGCAGGUCUUCACUGCAAAAACUACGUAAUGUUUAAAAUCUUAAACACUCUUCAACAUAAUGUACCAAGAGAAUGAGGUGACUUCACUUGUUUCUAAUGAUCAAUUGAUGCAGCAGAAACAGAGAUAUCCUCUUCUUUAUCCCACACAUUCUUCUUCCUCGCAAAACAUUGUGCUUGCAUUACACACAAUGCAUCUCUAUCGCUGACAGUUUGAUCAAGCAGAGCUAAGAAGUGGACUUCAGGUAUGGUGAGCUCACUUCUCUUCAACUCCACACCUCCAGAUUAUUUUCAUUUUCAAACUUGUAGUCUUCAGCCCCAACCAACGCUGACUUAAGUGACAUCAUUUGAGGCAAUUUAUCAGACUUCGCUCAGCUCCCUGGAGCCACAAAAGCUUUAUACAACUUUUUCACAUAUGCAGUGCAGUGGUACUUUUGAUGGGUAAAACUGAGUUUAAUAGCUGAUGAUUUGUAUUGGUACAGUAUAUGACAAGGUACAGAUUCAACAAUACUGUAGUUCACGUAUUGUAUGUGCAUAGCACUUAGUGGCAAGUUACCAAAAGUUAACAUGGAAAAUGAAUACGGCUAAAAAAUACUUUAACAAUUGAGUACAGUCAUUACUCUAAAUAGUACCACUUGGUUAGUGUUGUUUAAAAAACAACGUCACAGUACCUUUGACUGCUCUACCCACAAGAAAAAAACUUUAUUAGUGUGUGAUGUGCACUGUUUCCUCUAUGCAGGGCCUGGUUCCAUAUGUAUACCGUUCAGGUUCAGAGUGAAGCUGUGUAUUGAGUCUGUGGUGUGAGUGACCUGAUUUCAGGGGCUGAGAAUGUUUUCAAGAGACGAUUCAAAACUGUGCAUACAGUACAAUACAGGAAGCUUUGUUUAGUGGAGGAAUAAGAGAAAAGACACUAACUUAAUUAAUUAAUGUAGCCUGCAGAGACUUUUGCUGAAAGUUUAAAAUCAAAUAGAGACAUGUGUGUUGAAGGCAGAAACCUGACAUGGACACUGAUGCUGCUGUUUCUGACAAGUGCUCUUUGCAGUCAGUGGAAAGUGAAUUAUCACCAGCAACGUAUCUGUGCAGUGAAAGACUCGUCUGUAGUCAUUCCUUGUUCAUUUUACUAUCCUGACAACCUGAUAGUACAAAGUGUCCAAUGGGGUCAAGAAAAAUAUAAUAUUUUUGAUGGUCCUUUCAUAUUUGACAGCAAGUUGAAUAAAACCUCCUUGAGAUUUCAGUAUAUUGGUGACACAAAUCACAAUUGUUCUUUUAAAAUACACCAAGUGGAGCAUAAUGAUACCGGAAAAUACACCUUCAGAUUUACAACUAACUCCAAAGAGGGCAAGUGGACUGGUACAGAUGGCUCAACAUUAAAGGUUGUUGAUUUGAGCAUUUCGGUGACAAAGCCUAAUGGAAACAGAACAACAAAGGAGGGCGACUCUGUGAAUAUGACCUGCAGAAACAGCUGUGAUGGCGAUAACCUUUUAUCAACUUUCACCUGGUUUAAGAAUGGAGAACCCAUAACUGAAGGACCUACGCUUUAUUUAAGCAACAUGUCCUACACAAACUCUGGAAACUACACUUGUUCUCUGAAAACACACACAGGAACAACUUCAGGAGUCAUACAUAUUGAUGUUGAAUAUGGCCCCAAGAACACAUCAGUGUCUGUCAGACCAUCGAUGGAGGCAGACGCCGGCAGCAACAUAACCCUGACCUGCAGCAGCCAUGCAAACCCCCCAGUGGAGAAUUAUACUUGGUUUAAAAUAGAUGACGGCGAUAUAAUGAAUGUUGGAAACGGGCCUGUGUUCGUCCCUGGUGAUGGUGGCCAGUAUUUAUGCAGUGCCACCAACAAACAUGGAAGCCAAAACUCCUCUGUUGUUACUUUAAAAAUUAAAAAAUAUUGGACAUUUACCAGAGAUGUACUUAUCUAUGCAAUAAUUGUUGCUGUUUCUGUGCUUCUGAUUGUGACCACUGCUAUUGCCAUCAUAAGACUCAACAGAAAAAGGACAAGAGCACCAGAGACUGACUGUGAGGAGGACAUACAGAAUACAGUCUAUGUCAACUAUCCUGUUUUUGACAAUAACCAAUCACAAGAGAGAAUUGGAUGUGAGGAACAAACACUAGAGAUCAUCUACACAACUGUUGACUUUCACACCGAGAGAAAGUCAAACAUGGAGCAGCAGAUGGCCUCUGAUAACGAUGAUGAAGGUGUGGUUUACAGCACAGUGUGCAGGGAACUCUUGAAACCUUCAUAUGUUGAAACUCUCUGAUUGGACAACACGCACAUGCCGUUUUGCAGGAAAAGGAAACAAAUUGUGGCAAAAAUAUCACAAACAUACAAAAACACAUUUUCUUCUAUCAACGCUAAUUCUUGUUGAUCAAAGUGAAGACCAAAAAAUGAAUGUCAAAUGUCAAAACAUAUCUCAAGAAAAAUAAAAGUUAAGUUGUAUUAUUUUUUUAAUGCAUGUUAUUGUAUUUCUUUCACCAUGCCUCUGGAUCAUAUGUGUGUGGAUGUGCACUAGCUGGCUGUUAAGUUGCUUUCUGGUGCUCAGCAUUUUACAAAUAAUAAAUGAUCUUGUUUUGUG